AUGACAGCGCCAACUAUUUCGGAAGCUGACCAGGCUCUCAUUGCUAAACUACGUCAGCUGCUUGAAAAGGAAUUAGAACUUGUUCCCGAGUAUUCAGAUGAUUUCUCUCUAAUGCGAUGGCUUAUUGGAUGGGACAGAAAAAUCAAUGUAAUCGUUCCUAAACUCCGCUUCUCUUUGAAAGCCAUUCAUGCUCUUGGACUGGACAGCGAAGACUUGACGACUUUCGACAAAAUCCAGGACAAAUGCGAUUCGUACUCUGUGCCUCUUCAGUCUCUCCCAGGCUCUGUUGUUGGAAUGGACAAAGAGGGCAAUGUCUUAUCCAUCCAAAUGGUUGGAAGGUUAGAUGCUGUUGGUUUGAUGCAGUGUGCACGAAACAGUGAUCUGUACAAAAUGAGAAUUGCCGAAAGCGAAGGAGUCAUGCAGAUUAUCAGAGCUGAAGAGAAGAAAUGCGGUCACCCACUGGGAACCUCUGUUAUCUUUGACCUGGAAGGUAUUUCCAUGAGUCAGUUUGAAAUGAAUGCAGUCAAAGUUGUAACAACAAUGCUCGGACAGUUACAGGAACUUUUCCCUGAUGUUGUUCGCAAGAUAUUUGUCAUCAAUGCCCCGUCUUUCAUCCAAUUCAUCUGGACUUUGGUUCUACCUUGUCUAGCAAAGCAGACACAGCAGAAAAUCAAGGUGUUAGGAAGCGAUUGGAAAGAAGUGCUACGAGAGUCUCUGGGAGAAGAGGUGUUGUUCGCGCAUUGGGGUGGAACUCGUGAAGCUGAUAGUGAAUUUGGAAAUGUUCGAUUAGGUGGCAAAGUACCACAGGAACUCAGGUACGAUCCUUCCGCUGAUCCACCAGUAGAGUCUCUGGAGAAACAUGUUGUGUCCGCAAGGAGUACAUCUUUUAUUCCCAUCAAAUUAGAUAAUUAUCAGAAAGGAAGAAAGCUUACGUGGUGGUGGAAGUUAGAUGGCCAUGAUGUCAACUUUGCCGUUUACCGUUCCUCAGAAGGAAACGAGAAAGUGGCGGAGCAUGUGGACGAUUACAUGCUUGAACCCAAGUUCCGACUCCAAACAGAAUUCGUGCCAGAGCAGGGCGAGGUGUGUGCAGAAGAACCUGGAAUAUAUAAAUUCGUUUUUGAUAACACUCACAGCACAUUACGGUCAAAAACAAUUCGAUAUUCUAUAAAAACAUUGUAA